AUGGAUUCUCCUUUGAAAGCUUCAGAAUUGGAGAAACGAUGGACGCUAAAUGAUUUUGAUAUUGGGAAGCCCCUUGGAAGAGGAAAGUUCGGCCAUGUCUACCUGGCCAGGGAAAAGAAGAGUAACCAUAUCGUGGCAUUGAAAGUGCUUUUCAAGAGCCAGCUCAAACAAUCUCAAGUUGAGCAUCAACUGCGACGUGAAGUUGAGAUACGAAGCCACCUCCGGCAUCCAAACAUAUUACGCCUAUAUGGUUACUUCUAUGAUCAGACUCGAGUUUACUUGAUACUGGAAUAUGCAGCUAAAGGUGAACUCUACAAGGAACUACAGAAGUCCAAAUGCUUCAGUGAGAGGCGAACUGCUACAGUGAGUUCUUUUCAAACACACACUAACGUCGCUUCUGCUGAGGGUGGCCUCGAUCCCAUACUUGCCUACAUUGCCGGAGCAGAGAUCGAGCAGCUGCAGUGGUCUUCCUCCCAGCCCGACUGGGUUGCCAUUGCCUACUCCACUAAGCUUCAGAUUCUGAGAGUUUAA